GAUUUUAUUUUCUAGGGUAUCUCCUCUUCGACCAUGCGAUCCUUCCUACUCUCCCGCCUCCGACGAAACCCUCGCUUCUUUCUCUCUCCGAGAGCCUCCAUCUCGACUCCUCAAUCCCCUUCUCCUCCCCCUCCUCUAUCUUCGCCAUCAAUUCGAACCCUCCAUGGUCUCCCUCCGAACCCCCAAAGCGUCAUUCCUGCCCAACCAAGCUCCUCGCGCGUCGUCCAAUUAUUCUCUCCGGAGGAAACCCACACCGACGGCUGCGACGACGAGGACGGCCCCAUGAACGAGUUCCUCUCCCGUUUCGUUUGGAUCAUCCGCCCCAAGCUUGCCGACGCCUACCCGGCCCUCCCAAAAGACACCCUCGAGGCCAUGCUUCUCGUCGUCUGCCAGAAAGUUGUCGCCUUGAUGGAGCCCGGCGCUAGCGUCGACGAUCCUCCCGUGGAUCUCAGCGAGGACUUGUGGAAAACCGUCGUCGAGGUGAGCAACUCGGUGUACGAGGCGAUGCGGAGGGACCGGAUGAGGGAGGAGCUCAAGAAGUACCUCCACUGGGAUGAGGUCAAGGAGAUGUGCCGAUUCGCAGGGGACAUCGGCAUCCAGGGACCGAUGCUUCGGGAGCUUCGGUUCAAAUGGGCGAGAGAAAAGUUGGAGGACGUCGAGUUUUACCGGAAACUGGAUCAGAUGCGGGAGCAGGCCCAGAACCAAGAGCGACAAAAAGUAUUGUCUUUGAGCUCUGGGACUGAUGCAGGGAGUGUGUCUUUGGCGGAGGAGAAAGUUGGGGGGUCAAAGGUGGCAGCUUUGCCACAGAGGAAGGGGAAGAUCAAAUACAAGAUCUAUGGGCUGGAUUUGUCGGAUCCCAAAUGGGCGGAGGUGGCAGAGAAGGUGGAGGAGGCUGAGAAGCAUUUUGUGCCUGAGGAGCUGCAGCCUGUUGAGGGGAAGUGUAAGAAGGUUGAUGAGAGGUUCCUUUCUUUGAAGGCUAAAAGGGAUGACCCAGCACCAUUGCUGGCAGAAUGGAAGGAGCUCCUCCAGCCAAAGAGGAUUGACUGGCUUGCAUUGCUUGACAGAAUCAAGCAGAGAAAUGUGGAUUUGUACUUAAAGGUUGCUGAACUCCUCUUGUCUGAGGAAUCUUUCGAGACAAAUAUUCGUGACUACUCAAAGCUAAUUGAUGCACACUCCAAGGCAGAUCACAUGGAAGAUGCUGAGAGAAUUCUUGAGGUGAUGACCGGAAGGGGCAUCAUGCCAGAUAUUCUAACUUUUCUUAUAUUAGUUCAUAUGUAUAGCAAGGCAGGAGAUCUUGAUCGUGCUAAAGAUGCCUUUGAGAGCUUGAGGAAGGAAGGUUUCCAACCGGACCUGAAGGUGUACAAUUCAAUGAUUACAGCUUAUGUGAAGGCUGGCCUUCCAAAACAAGGGGAGAUGCUGGUGAGGGAAAUGGAGUCGAGAGAUAUUAAACCCACAAAGGAAAUAUACAUGGAGCUGCUGAGAGCAUUUACAAAGCUUGGGCAAGUUGAUGGAGCACAGAGAAUUAUGAACACCAUGCAGUUUGCAGGAAUCCAGCCAACCUUGGAGUCAUUUACCUUGCUCGUGGAGGCCUAUGGGCAGUCAGGCGAUCCUGACCAGGCUCGGGGUCACUUUGAUCACAUGAUUAGAUCUGGCCAUAAGCCAGAUGACCGAUGCACUGCUAGCAUGAUGGCAGCCUAUGUGAAGAAGAACCUCUUGGACAAGGCCUUGGACCUGCUGCUAACUCUUGAGAAGGAUGGUUUCCAACCGGGGAUAGCAACAUACAGUAUUCUGGUGGAUUGGUUGGGCAGGUUACAGCUAGUGGAUGAGGCAGAAGGGCUGUUGAACAAACUAGCAGAGAAGGGCGAAGCUCCAUUUGAGAUUCAUGUUAGCCUCUGCGACAUGUACUCGAGGGCACACCGGCUGGAGAAGGCUCGCAAGUCUCUUAAGAUUCUAGAGGCCAGGAGCAAAUUGUUGCGUGCUGAUCAGCUCGAGAGGAUCAUAAGCGGUCUCCUGGCAGGUGGACUCUUGGAAGAUGCAAAGAGGAUAUAUGAUUGCAUGCAAUCGCAGGGCUUGGCUCCAUCAGAGCCCAUCAGGGUUGCACUCCUGGCAGCUCAAUCGAUCCGUCGUCAGAAAUCUCCGACAAGGAGAGGUGGCAAGUCGCGGUAGACGUUAAUCUAACCUGACAUGAGGUUAAUUUGUAUCAGUUGUGGUUGCAUGCGGAUCAUCGGUUUCUAGGUCUUCGAUAUGGAUGUCUGGAUGUUUCUAAGUAGCAACUUUUUAUAGCCUUAGGGCUAUUUGUUUUAAUGAUGGUAAACAUUUGCCUAAAAUGCAUGAAUAAUGAAUUCAUUGGCCGAAUCCUCUCGA